AUGGUCCUCCGGCUGGUGCUGGUGGCCGGACUGUUGGGCAUUCCUUGGGCCGAAGAGAGAAAGCUGGAGGUCACAGAAAGCCAAGGCUUUGCUGCAGGCCAAACCGGCGAGUACUUCCGAUACAAGCACAUUUUCCACAAGAAACCCAGCGGCGAGGAUUUCCAGCAUGCGCAAAAGGUUGCAGAAGAGGUACGAUGCAUAGUGUGUGCCAAAAUACUUGCAUCCCUGCUAGCAAAGGCACGUUCGUUCAGCGAGGACGACAUAGCAGAUGUUUUGGAAGGCAAUGCAGAAUACGAUAGGACCGGUGAUCCCGUGACGGACCAAAUGCUGAAGCACAAGCGCGGGUGUAACAAGCACUUCAAGGAGGGCUGCUGGCAGCUCCCAGUCCCAGCUCCACCAGCAAUGCAUUCUGCUUACUUGUCCACUCUGAACGACGGACCAGACCAGCCACGCUCCGGAGUGCUGCUUUCACCGUCAAGCAAGUACUUGGCAACAGGAAGCUCCAGCUAG